UAGUGUUUGCAUUAAGGAAUGUGCUCUUUUGAUGCACUGCAGUGAUUGUUAUGAUUAUAUGUUUGAAACGAACAGGCAAAUACUUGGAGUUAGGUUUGCCACCCGUCCCGUAAAAUACGGGAUCGUUCCAUAUUUAAAGAUAAAAUUAUUUGUCCCGUAUUUAAGCUGGUCAGAUGGCGUCACGGUGAAAUCGUUACAGAUAUGGUGGGUAAAGGACCAUCCAAAAAGUCCACAAAUGGUGGUAAAACUGUGGAGUUUUUUUCCUACAUAAAUGUUCAGUAAGAUCAAACAAUGUAUGAAUGCAAUCACUGAGUCAUAAAGACAAGUACAGGUGAAGGAAGAAAAAAACAACAACGUAUAAACCAACCAGAAUGUAUACAUAAGAUAAAGGAGACAAAUAAUCAAAAAGACAAAAUAAAUAUAUUUUUAACAUUUUUUUUAAUUUAUUUUUUUUAAUUUUUUUUACAAGUCAGGGGUUAGGACAGUUCUAAUUUCAGCAUAUAAGAAAGAGUAUAUCAUUUUUAUUAAUAACGCAUAUUAACUCUAAACGCAUUGCUAAAACUGUGGAGGAUGUGGUUAGGGGCCGUGAUUCCAGAAACCCCUUCCUCGUGCACACCGUUAAGUAACGGGCACUAAUGUUUUCCUUACUUUUUUCUGAUUUGCUUUACAGUUGCAUUGAAGUUGCAACGUUUCAUCGUUGUGAUUUUCGCGUUAUUUAAGCAUCCCUUUAGAAAAUGAGCGUCGAAAAACAUUCUGGUGAAUCAUCUGCGCAUGCGCACCGAGAAGUUAAAUCGAAUAUUCGCUGCCCGUGUAUGACGUCCCUUUUCAUUCUUAUGUAAUGAGUGCAAUUAAGUAAUUGUUAAUGAAUAUUAACAAUUAAUUGUGCUUCAAAUUAAAUAACACAAGGUAUUUGGAUUGUGUCAAAAAAAAAAAAUUUACUCAGAGGUCCUUGGAGGACAAAAAUGUCAGCGUCAAAAAAAAAAUUUUCAUACACUAAAUGCUAAGGUUUUUUUUUUUUUUUUUUUUAAUCAUCACGGUCUGGCAUAUGUCAGUGAUAAGCAACAACAUUGAUUGUGAUGCAUUAUUAUUUUUUGUGCAGUGCUAGAUAAAAAAAUGCACUCAGAACCUUAGAGGACAAAAAUGUCCGCUUCAAAAAACUGCCAUAAAAAUAUUAUAUAUUCAUAUCAUUUUCCACUUUCACUGACUGGGCUGAGGGAUCGGUGAAUAUUCUUGCUUUAGUGAUUUUGCAGUAAAAAUUAAAUAAGUUUUUUCGUUUUUGAAAUACAUUUAAAUAAAAUACAUUUCUAAAUUCAAACUGCAGUCCAAACGAAAAAGCAAUUAAAAUAAUGAAGUGAUAAAAGAAUUAUAUAUAUGUUAUUAUAUUAUGUAUAUAUAUACACACACACACCUUUCCAUUUACCAUCAGGCAAUUGUCCGUCUAAACAUGCAGGCGGAAAAUUACUUACACAAAUGAAGGCAUAAAAACAAUUAUAAAUGUCAAAAUUAUAAUUAUAAUGAUGAUAAUAAUCACUGAAAUAUAAAUUAUAGUUCGAGGUGAAUGUGUUUUUGUAUUAUUUUAUGAUUUAAUCACAGAUGUAUAGGCUGUAGAGUUUGUCACAAUGAACUGCUCUGUGGAUAUAAAAUGAACUGAACUCAAAGCACCUCCUGAGCUGAGAUGUCUGAAGUCAUUUGUAGCACUCAUAGAUGAUACUGUUCUUGCAAAAAAUAAAAUAAAAUCGGAAGACAGAAACAAAGAAAGAUUGAGAACCUUUUAGAUGCAUGUGUUCCACGAGACUGCACGCCUCCAUACAAACAGCGUGUCAUACAUGCGCAUAGACGGCUUUUUUGUCAUCUGUUCUUAAUAAUAUAAUAAAGUGUGUUUCUUCAAUUAUUUGUAAUAUUUGAUAAUAAUAGCCUAAUAAUAAUAAUAAUAAUAUUAGUAGUAGUAAUUUAAUACAUGGGAAAACGACCCAACUAUCGUCUUGACACGGUCAAAGGCAUCAGCUAUUGGCGAUCACUCUGACCAUCGUCGAUCCCCGAGAUCAUUGUCUGUCGGCACAACCCUAAUGUGCAUUUCUCUCUAUAAAUUCACAAAAGGUUCAGACAGUGUCCUUGCUGGUUUUUCCAACACAUUCAGGAUCAUUACAGCUUUUGCCGGUGUCGCUGCGGCUCGCUUUGUGUGUGCGCUUUUAAAAUGUAUAUUUUAAAGGCUCAUUAUUAUGGUUUAGUAUUUCUCUGUAAUGUAGAACAGUGUUAGCAAUGUUACUUAUAACAUUCUUUCUAAGCCCUGGAACUCAAACCAUUUUCUGAUGCCCCCCCCCAAAAAAAUAUAUUCAAGUAAUUAAAUUAAUAUCAUAAACGUGCGACUAGUUGACUAAUGGCUUAAAUUAACUCCUACUAGUCGACUAGGAAAAUCUUUGGUCGGAGGCAGCCCUGUUUAUUUGUUAGGCAUCUGUUGUGUUUUUAUGCCCUUUUUUUAGGUGAAACUUCUCGGUGCUCCAACCUGCACUGUUGACGUUGACAAGGAACCGGAAGGUUCCGCAGAACCCCCUGACCAGUAUGAGCCAACCAACAGAGACAGCUAGUGAUGCUCCCAGUGUCACCGCAGACGACAAGCUGGCGGUCACCACAGGAAAGAAGCAGAACAAGAAGGUGGAGGAGGUUGUGGAGGAAGAGGAGGAAGAAUAUGUGGUGGAGAAGGUUCUGGACAGACGGGUGGUGAAGGGCAGAGUGGAGUACCUUCUCAGAUGGAAGGGCUUCACUGAUAAUGACAACACAUGGGAACCAGAGGACAACCUGGACUGCCCUGAUCUCAUAGCUGAAUAUCUGCAGUCGCAUAAGACACCAACUGAUGACAAGAAGGAUUCUAGUGGAAAAAGGAAAGGGGAGUCUGACACAGAUGGCACAGAAGAAGUUCGGUCCAAGAAGAGGAAAGAUGAGCAAGACAAGCCAAGGGGCUUUGCACGAGGGUUAGAACCAGAACGCAUCAUUGGAGCCACAGACUCCAGCGGCGAGCUUAUGUUUCUAAUGAAAUGGAGAAACUCUGACGAGGCAGAUCUCGUUCCAGCCAAAGAGGCCAAUGUGAAGUGUCCGCAGGUGGUCAUUACAUUCUACGAAGAACGACUAACAUGGCACUCUUACCCCUCUGAGGAAGAAGAGAAGAAAGAUGAUAAGAACUAGCCAUUUGAGGGAGAAGGAGUGAGGAGCAGUUCUGGCUGGGGUGGUUAUUUGGGAUGUGGGUAAUGAUUAAGUUGGGCAGUUUGGAGAUGGGGCAACAAAAGCCCAAAGGCUCUCUCACACUCAUGCCAUAAAACUUGGGACUCAAGCUAUUUGUUUAGAUCAUGAUAUGCAAAAGUCGAGUCCUUUUCAGAGGGCAAGAAACAAUGUUAGUCAGAGUACUGAACACCGUAACAAAAAACAUGGAAAACUGUAUUUUCUCUUUGCUUCUCUUUCUGUUGAUGGAUUAUGGGAAAUGGAGUAAAUGCUGCAGUAGUUCGGUGGUCUGCGCUUUAGAAUAAGGUGGAGAAUGUAAAAUGUGUCUAAUACUUAAUGAAAUGACUCCUAUGUGCAGACCCUUAUAUUUUAUGUAUAUUGAUAAAGAGUUGAAGUCUUUCAAAACCUUCCACUGCAUUAGGGUUAGGGUUAGUCCAGGCACAGUCGCACUCAGGUGUGUGCGGAUAGCAAAUUUUGUCAUGCACUUAUUAGUGAACUGUAGCAAAAGGACAACCGAAGCAAACCCUUGGCUUAAACCUUCUCUUUUUCCUUUAUAUGUGAAGACUUGCUCUUCUUUAAGUUGUUAGUGUACUUUGACAAUACAUUUGUCAGUAAGCUUUUUUUGUCACCUUAGUUUAGUCAGCAAAUUACUUUGUAUGCAUUCUUGUUGUUUUAGCAGUAUUUCAGAAUUUACAUAUUCAAUACAAAUACACAGUAUUCUUAAGGUAAUAUCUUUUAUAAUUAAAUUGCUUAUUGAUGUAUAUAUGGAAAUAACAGGAUUUUCUUGCCAUGUUUUUUUAGUCAGCUGAGUAAACUACAUUUCCCAUAAUCCCAUAUAGAAAUAUUUUUUACUUCUUGUCAUCAGUGUAUUUUACCAGUUGCAUUACUUUGUGAAGGGGAGAUGUGCUCUUUAAAAUCCGGCUUCACAUACAGAUGUUUCAGUUUUUUUUAGGCUAAUCAUAAUCAAAUUAAUCGGUGAUAAAAUGUCAAGUUUUAGACCAGGAUCUUUGCUCUUUCCCAACAUACUGUAUUCCCCUUCUAUACUGUAUUUAAUCAGAGGUGCUCCAGGUGUACAUGUGCACAGAACAGAAUGUACUACACCUCUGUAAGGCAUCUUUUUCAAAUGUUUAUAAUUUUUCAUUAUAUUUAACCACUAAUCAUUUAUUGAUGUCGAAUGAAGAAAAGUGAAUAGGUUUCAGUUUAAACUGCAGUGUCUUGCUAACAUAACCAUGGGGUGGGGGUUGGGGGGAUCGUGGAAAUUCAGUGAAUUCAGGUCUUUGUAGUUGUGUAAAAGCUAAAAGGAGUGGGAACCCUGUAUACCAUAGAUCAGGUCUCAGUAGGACAAUGCAAUCCAUUUCCUAAACCCCCUGUAAUAUAACAUAACGUCAAGGUUUUUUAAAUGUAAGAAAUAUCUAGAAUUUUUUUGAAGUUGAUUAAAAUGGUUUUUAGAUUACUGGCUGAAUGCAAAUUAUUGCAAAAUAUGGUAUUUGUAGUGUGAUUCUAUUCUGCUACAUAUUGAAAGAGCCUGAAGUACUGUUUGUUGUAUUCACUAUCUGUAAUGUGACUGCAUUGUUAUAAUCUUUUCCACCUUUCUUUUCUUUUUUCCUCUUGUUUACCAUUUGAAGCAUGUUACUUUCUUUAUUUUCACUUUUUCCAGGGGGGGGGAAUGUUUAUUUUGUUCAUUUAAAAAAAAAAGAAAUAAACACUUUUUUUUUUUUU